CUGGUGCACGGUCGUCAUUCUGUAACCCUCUUCGCUCUGCGCUCGCUGUCGAGAGACUUUUCUUCCUCGGCCUUGCGCUGCUCGUUUCUCAGACGUCGAACACGAUGGUGUUUGCGUUCGGAGGCCAUCCUCUCUCUCUUCAGCCGCUGCUCCGGUGAUCUGCAUCGCGAGGCUGCUCGGGUCUGGUCGGUGCUGUUGCAAUCUCCCUGUGUUCUAUGAGCGAGCCUCUGGGAGAACCCGAGCCCGCGAGUGCUCGUAUGUAGUUCGCGUCGAAGUUUGCAGUGCGCCGAUAAAACUCAAGACCCGUCGAGAAGAGACGACCCGAGAACUGGUCGUUCUUGGCGUUUCCGCUGUUCGUUGCUGUCAUCGCUUGGGGUUAAACCCCCCCUCCCAACAUUUGCCAGGAGCAGAAACUAUAAAGUAGGAUCCGCUGGGACUGCACAAGAUGUCCCACUUCGGCCGAGCGGGUCCUCCCGAUAUUCGGGAUACCUACUCGUUGCUUGUUCUGAACAUCACCUUCAGAACAAGCGCCGAUGAUCUGUAUCCGCUCUUCGACAGAUACGGAAAGGUGGUCGAUAUCUUCAUACCGAGAGAUCGCAGAACUGGAGAAUCUCGCGGUUUUGCCUUUGUUCGGUAUAAGCAUGCCGAAGAAGCGCAAAAAGCAAUCGAGCGGCUUGAUGGGAGAAACGUUGAUGGGCGCGAUAUGGUCGUCCAGUACGCGAAGUACGGUCGGGACAUGGAGUCCAUACAUCGCGGAAAGAUUACCCAAGGCAGCCCCAAGUAUUCCAGUCGAUCAAGAAGCAGGAGCCCAAGGAAAGCAAAGAGUCCUGUUCGCGGUGGCGGAGGCAAGAGAAACUUUGGUCCUCCAUCUCAUAUGCAAGCCUCUCCACCGCGUGGCAGGGAUGGGAGAGACGGCAGAGACCGCUAUCCAGGACCACCUCAAGGAGGUAGGCACCGUGAUGGCCGUGACGAAUAUCGCGAGAGGGAAAGAGAACGCGAGCAUCGACCUCGCAGUCGUGAAAGGCAUGAGCGAGAUCGCCACCGCGAACGAGAGAGGGAUCACCCUCGUCGGCGAAGCCCGAGUCGUAGCCCGAGUCGCAGCCGAAGCCGAAGCCGAGUUAGAGUGCACGAUGAGGAGCGUCGUCGUUCCCAAAGCAAAGUCGUGUCGAGGAAAGCUUCGCCUCCUCCCAGGAGCCAAAGUCCUGGACGUAGCGCAAGCCGAAGUGUCAGUCGAAGUCCUCCACCCCGCGUUUCUGCCGAGCCCUCCAAGGAGGCUACAAGAAACGGAAAUGACUCCCCUCAUGAGAGGAAGAGGAUGGAUAGUGCAUCUCCAAAGCAGCAAAGUCUAUCUCCAGAACGUGGCCUUCCCUCUCCUGUGAGACGAAGUCCGUCACCCGUCGAGCGUGACAGCGUAUCACCCGUGAAGAGAACGAGGAGUGAAUCACCUGAACGAAGAAGCCCCUCUCCAAUUCGGCGUCGCUCACCGAGUGUGAGCUCUCCACAGAGGCCGUCGUCAAGUCUUACGCCUGAACCUCAGAGUCCCUUUGCUGAGGACUAAGGACUCCGCUGACAAUUAUCCUUAAGCUUCUGCCGAGGAGUCUGCACACGCAGAUGCUUCUUUGUGAGCUAUCAGUAGUGAUGGUGAAGUGAUCGCAUUGUGAAGGUAUCAGUGUGAGGGGAAGCUGGUCUUAAUGUCCGUGCAGUAUUAGCAGGCUCAAGCUCCAAUACUGGUGACUGGAGCUGAGCAGAGUUGGGAUGAGCGCCUAGCCUGUGUAAGGCAAACGGUGGGGUGUUUUGCUGGUUAGUCUGUCUACCUGGAUCAAAUUACCUUCUUUUGGUGAGGCCGAGUUGUGUUUGUAGUAGCAGCUUAGGAUGAGGAAUUUAGUGUUGGUUCUUCCCAAUUAUGGGUCAAGCAGAAUGAGUGUAACAACAGCCUUUGUGGCAGCAGUGUGCAUAAACUGGACAACUUGGUACAUAUUGUAACUCUAGGGGCCUUUCAUAUCUGGGUUAAAAGGGUAGAGUGAUGAUGUCCCUCGUUUUGGGCUGAACUGAUGGAAGGACAUUAAGCUGUGGACGGAACUACCUUAUGUAUGUGUCACUUGGCCCAAAUCAAAUUAGUCCAUUGGUUAAUAGUGCUCUGAAUCCUGAUACCUGGGCUGUGAUAGUGCUGAGUGGGGCCGUGGGAACACUGCGGUAGCUGUGGUGGCCACAUGGCGCUGAUGCUGCUAAGGGACCGUUUAAUCCUGGCUGCUGGAUGCUGCUGUAGCUGCUUAAUGGGAGAGUGGAGCAGAGUGUGCACUUCAUUAUGCUGAUGCUUUGAAUGUUGCUGUCCAAGACUGCAUAUGGAGACAAGUUGCUGCAGGGAGCUUGAUAUGGAGUCUAAUGAUGUUGGUAUGCAGCUUUUCAUUAAAUGGUUGCUAUGUAAAGCAGGGUGAAUAUGACCAUACAUGGGUGAACCUGUUCUACUUCCGCGUGAUAGUUUACUUGCAGUUAUCGUUAUCUGCUCUGGUGUGGUGUGGUUUGAGGAUUAUCUACAUGUUUGUGCAUGCUUUCUAACCACACUUCAAAGUUUCAAAUCCUUGGUUACAAUACACAUGCCUGUUUAGCAGGUGACGCUAGUGGUGUGAUUACGUAUCAUGUUUCUUCAAAGUUGACGGUGUAUCACGGUAGGUUUUCUGUCCCUACCUCCCAACCCUCUCGAUUACCUAAGGUGAGGAAGUUUUUUUAUGACGAAGUCAUUGAAAAGAUGAGGAAUCAAGGUUCUUGUGCACAGGUCACUUCAUGUCCUUCUGUGGAUGAGUUCGAAAGCUCGCCGUUCGAUACUUCAUGCAGGGUUGGGGGAUGUUGCAGCGGGUAGUUAGAUCUAGUGCUCCAUUUUCGCAGUUUCUCUUGUAAGUUUUGCAUGUUUUGAUGGGGGAGGACGAAAUAGUCUAACAUGUUGAUCUUCGUAGGUGAUGUAGACUCGCGUGCUCUGUAGUGUAUUAUAGUAGAUACUGGAGUUGGUGAGGGUAUAUCUUAUAUGGUGUCACCUAUAAUAGAUCGGAAGGUGGAGAAAAUUGGUGCAUGUGGUGGAAAUGAUGGUUGUCGUGGGCAUUGUCUAGAACCCUUUUCAAUUGUUUACAGUGCAUUAGAUUUGCGCGUGGAAGCAAGCCAAUUCGCGAGCCCUGCGGUCGAGUUUAGGUCUGGCAACUAGCGAGGCAGUCACUUUUGCAGCUGCUCGAGAAUGGAGCAGUUCAUCUGUAAUAUUGCUUGUUGGCUUAUUAUUGGAAGAAAGAAAAGACACUUCCAGCUUCGCUGGUUCAGUGGUUUCCUUAGUUGUGGUCUUUUUACUGAAGAUUGGUUGUGCAAAUUUUUUCCACGAAGUUACACUAAGUUUCAUCAAUAGCUUUCUUUUUGUUUAGACCGUGUGGGAGUGUACUCCAGAUGUUUGGAAGUCUUGAGCCAAGGCUCAGGCCAUGCUGUGUUGAAUCAAAGGCAACGCAGGGAUUUACUUCACGUCAGCAGAAAUUUCGUAACGCCUUGUGCAAUUGUCUUCUGUGACUCAAUUCUGGGUGGUGAAAGACUCGUAUUCCAGGGUAGUGAGAAACUCUCAACGAAGUCAACAAUAUGAGGUUUAACUUCGACGGUUCAUUUACAUAUUAGAAUAUUGAUCUUUUACGGAGGAUCAUUCCAGGUCUGUCCGACGUGACGAACUCAUGGAGAGCAUAUGCACUGGAGGCACAUUGUUCAUUGAAGGUUCUUAAAUCACCAAACUGGCACACACAAGUGAUCUGUACUCGUGAGAGUGUGGUGUAGACGCAUAUGAUGUCCCGAAUUUUGCGAAGAGCCGUUCAUCGCCCAGUGAAGUAUACUCGAACUGCGGACCAACGAUAGAAUCUUUUAAUCUUU